GAACUCGAAACCCAAUGACAAUUCAGGAAGUAGGGCUACUCCUUGGCGUUGGCAAAAUAUUGAUUAGGCUUGAGCAAAAGGUUUUGGGCGUUUCCGAGUACCAUCGACAUUAUCUAUAAAGACUCUUCUCUUACCUGGUCGCUUGUCAAGGACAGGAAUACACUGAUGGACACAAUGGCAUCCUCAACCCCUUUGACCGAGGCCAACACCACCUUUACCCUGGCGUUGUUCAAAAGGAUCACGGAGGAAAACAAGUCUGGCAAUGUCUUCUACUCUCCUCUCAGCAUCUCUUCGGCCUUGGCCAUGGUGCUGCUGGGUGCACGGGGGAACACCUCCACACAGAUGUCAGAGGUGCUCUGCUUCUCCGAGGCAGAGGGACCCCAGCAGCAGGCUCUUCCAGCACUGGCACAGAUGCAGAUGCAGCAGAGGGCGCCCACCACCUUUCUGCCACCGUUUCUGCUCAAGAGGAUGAAGGGCGAAGAGGACAUCAACGCCAGCUUCUCCAAACUGCUGAGCGAGCUGAACAAGCCAGACGCGCUGUACUCCCUCAGUCUGGCCAACAGGCUGUAUGGAGAGAAGACCUACCAGUUUGUUCAGGAGUUCCUGGAUGAAACCAGGAAGUACUACCAGGCAGACCUCCAGUCUGUGGACUUCCAAGCCAAGGCAGAGGAGGCCAGGGUGGAGAUAAACACCUGGGUGGAGAAACAGACACAAGAUAAAAUCAAGGACCUGUUGGUACCUGGUGUGGUUGACUCGCUGACCAGGUUGGUGCUGGUCAACGCCAUCUACUUCAAGGGAAAGUGGGACGAGCCGUUCAAGGAGGAAGCCACCAUGGAGACUGCCUUCAAACUGAACAAGAAUGACACUAAGAAAGUGAAGAUGAUGUACCAGAAAGCAAGGUUCCUUCUUGCCUUCAUUCGUGAGGCAAAUUGCCAGAUCCUGGAGCUGCCCUAUGAAGGCAAAGAACUCAGCAUGCUGAUCUGCCUGCCUAUGGAAAUUGAGGACGGCACCACCGGCCUGGAGAAGCUGGAAGCGAUGCUGACCUACGAGACCUUCAUGGAAUGGACCCGGCUAGACAGGUUGUACCACGGUGAAGUCAUUGUGGGCCUGCCGCGAUUCAAGAUGACGCAGACCUACGACAUGAAAGACCUGCUGGUCAGCAUGGGCAUGGUGGACGCCUUCGACCAGGGCCUCAGUGACUUCUCUGGCAUGUCCUCGGCCAACGACCUGGUGCUGUCUAAGGUGGUCCACAAGGCCUUCGUGGAGGUCAACGAGGAGGGCACCGAGGCCGCCGCCGCCACCGCUGCCCGCGUUGAGAAGCGUAGCGCCCCUACAACCCCCCGAUUCGACGCCGACCACCCCUUCCUCUUCUUCAUCCGCCACAACCCCAGCAAGAGCAUCCUGUUCGCCGGCCGCUACAGCUCACCUGAGUGAUGGCUGAGGGUGGGGGGCGGGGGAGGUGGACAAGUGUCUGUGAGAGCCUCCGAUGUGAUGUGCACAGUGCUUGUCUACAUUCAUUAAGUGUUCACUUGUCUUUUAAAGGUCCCAUGGCAUGCUUCUUUAUGGAUGCUUUAAUAUAGAUAUUAGUGGGCCCCUAACACAGUAUUAGACGUUCCCGAAAUUCAGCCGUGGUGCAGAAUUACGGCCACUACUAGUCAGUCGCACAUGAUUGAGCUUUCCCCAAACACGCUGUUUCGGUAUCUGUAGCUUUAAUGCAAAUGAGGAGGAGAGAGGCGGGUCAAGUAGGAGGGUGGGGGUUGGGCCCAGAGCAGCUUGCGGCCACGGUACCAUGCUCUCUGUUUACAGUAGAUGUAUCGCAAUGGCGAGGCACACACAGCCUUUGGCCGUGUUCUGUAAAUAUUCUAGAACACUCCGGGUGCUCCGGUGGGAGUCCUGGAGUUCUAUGUCUAAAUUAUAUCAUAUUAUACAUCGAUAUCUAUAUCAUAUAAUAUAUAUUAUCACGGCCAAAAGCUGUGUGCGCCUCCAGAUGAUAUCAUGAAUCUCAAACGACUGUGUCGGGUUCACUGAGGUCUCUGGUUCUUCCACGUCCACAUCAAUCUGAAGUAGACUGAACCAUGACAUGGAGGAGAAAGGGAUUGUUGUGUGCGAUUGUGUACCGCAGUGUUUUGGUUUUACUAAUAGGUUAUGGGCCAAUUGCUCUGUCAGUUAGCAUUGCUGCGCUUUAAAACCGUACUCCUUAAAACUGAGGUUUUGGAGUUUAACACGCAGCUGCGCACGAGGUUGAACGUGAUUGCUGUGUGACGACUCGUACAGGAUCUGCUGAUUCCCAGCUGACUCGGUUUAAACUGCUUGGAAACCGGAAGUACUCUGAUUUCUAGUAUACCCCAGCAGAUGCAGUCUUAACUUAAUGGUGGAUGCAUUUUGUGCUAUAAUUACCAACAAAAACUUAAUGGGAAUGUAAAGUGAACUUCAAUAUAAUAAAACUAUCAUAAAUAAAAACGCUAAUAAUGUUGACAUAUAUUAUGAAAUAGUCUAGGCUACUUUCUGUGGAAAUCUGAGUCUGGAAUCUGCCCUCACCUACCUCAAUCACCUACUCAAUUACUUGUCAUUGCUAACCAUUUUAGUUAAGCAUUGACCUUUUAAUGUUUCGUUGAAUGGUACGAUCCUCUGUGCGUUCAUUUAUUUUUUUUACAGACAAAUAAUCUGUUCUUUGUAGAGUUUUAGUUGGGCACCUUAAGCAACUCCUAUAUCGUAGCCUGUAUUGUACUGAAGGCCUAUCUGGUGUAAUAAGUGUAAAUGUAUCAUACCUAUUAAUAAUAAUUCAUAAUACUAAUUCUGUGUCUUCGUGUCGGUUAUGAUGGAGCCUUGUUUCAUCCUGCAAACUGGUUUAGUCUCCUCUAAAACCACGUCAGUGUCGAGAUUAGACUAACACGCACAAAAUACGCCCUCUAGUGUCUAAUGUGAAUUUCUCUGAAGACACAGCAAUUGAGAUCAAGGUAAAACGCAGCUGCAGGUUAAACCACAAGUAUAUAUGACACAGCAAUGGGGCUUAAGACGUCACGUGACUUCUUGAGUUUAAAACCGUAUUAAACUCUCAAAAGUGGCUAAGCUAGCGACAGAGCAAUUGCCCCUAUAGGCUGUGUCACUAAAAAAAAAGCUGUCCAUUCGCAUCUCUCAGAGUGACGUAACUAGACACCAGACAGCGAAGUUCAAUACAAAAAUAACUUAUUUUACGCAGUUUAAACGUACUAGUCUAAACUGCUUAAAAUUGAAAGAUAUUCCAAGGUGUCCAUCUAUUUCCUAGCCAGCGGACCCUAGUUUAAGGGGAAAACAACACAAUUGACGGCAAGAGGUCACCAUAUUGUUGUUUUGACGAAUCCUGCGCACCCUUUUGAAAAUAAUCUCCCGAUUGAAAUGCAUUGGUUUAAUAUUGAAUGAAUUAGUAGUAGACCAUGUAGCUAUUAUCGUUAUAACAAGAUCUGUAUCUGACCAUGAAAAUCCACUUACACCAAUCCAAUCAACGAAGAGGGUUUUAACACCAAGUAACACAGUGUACUUUUUCUAUGGGGAAUGUGGUUCAGGUGUGACAAUAUUUAAAUAUUUAUAAUAUAUGAAACUAGCCUAUACGUAGGCCUACAGCAUCAUACAUUUGACAUAUAGAGUUAGACAAUUAUAUGUAUAGGGUUAGGCCGAAUUCGGUUAAAAUGCAGCCUCUGCCGGCCCGCAACUAGAUCGUCUCGGAAAAUGUCUGACAUUCCCUUGUAUGGUCACAGCCAUGGCGCAACAGCGCCUCCUUUUGGUUCUGAACAGGUAACUACAGUUACAUGCAAUCAUACAUAUAUCAUACAUAUAUCAACACUCCCACUUAUGAAUGACAUGUAUACUGUACAACUUUAACAUAUUCAAAUAAACAAUCAAAAAGAA